GGCAAGGUCAACGUCAACUCGGAAGAUGGAUACUGGCGGACGCCGCUAUCAUUUGCGGCGGAGGGAGGGCACGAGGCAGUGAUCAAGCUGCUGCUCAAGACGGGCGAGGCCGAUGUCGACUCAGCUGAUCAAUGGGGGGGGACGCCGCUGUCAUUUGCGGCAACAGGAGGGCAUGAAGCAGUGAUCAAGCUGCUGGAAUCGCACCCUCACAUCUCUUAG